AUGAAAGAGGCGUCGAUUUUCUUGCUGGCGGUGGCGUCGCAUCCCUGUACAGCCUGGAUGCUAUUUGGGCGAGUUUCGGAGAUGCGCCGAGAGGAGAGGAGGAAGGUCCAACUUCCAGGUGCUAUGGAGCAAACAUUUUUGCAGAGCCUAGGAUGCAGCUCAAUCGACAAAGAGGUAGGUACCCACAUUGGUACCCAAGGUGUCUGCCCUAGGUCCGGUAGACUAGCCCAGGCCCAACCAAACUCGGCAGCACAGACAACAAGCAGAAAACUUGGGGCCGGCUUUACCAAGUUCGAAUUGAACCAUUCCAACAAGGGCGCUCUUCUUUUUCGGACGACAGCUAUCCGACCACCGCUCUACCUAUCAACCUGGCAAUCGAAUUUCUACUACCUUUAA